AAACUAAACAAAUUUCUAACCUAAAAGUUUGUUGUUAAUUUUAGGUGCAGAAAUAUUAUUUUGGUUUUUAGCAACUUAUAAACAUCCUUUCCUACAAAAAUCCUUCAAUUACAUUGUUUAUUGAAUUCUACCAAAAAUUAUGCCUGGAUACUUUACUGAUUCAGUUUUCAGUUCUACAUCAAUAAAAUCAAAAGAUAAAAAGUAGCUGGAAUCAAUAUUAAUAGCAAAAUAUAAAUUCAAUAAAAAGAUGAGAAGACUUGGAAAUUUACUAGCCUUUUUCAGUGCCAUUGUUGGAUUCUUUUUUGGAUCAUUUUUAACAGCAACCAUAAGUAAUUUUGAAACAAUUGAAAUUUGCAACGAAAAAUAUUCCAAUAAAUUGAGAGAAAGCAGUAAUGAUCUAUUUAUUGUUGUUUUAAUAUUAAGUGCACCAAAUUAUGAAGAGAAAAGAGAUACCAUGCGUAAUACUUGGUUAAAAUUAUCAUUAACAAAAUCUUAUUAUCCUGAAGAAUAUUUAAAUAUACCAGGAUAUGAUGAUGAUGGAUUUUUGGAAGUUGAAACUAUACCAAGUCAAAUGCAACAAUUUAAUUAUUUUCUUGAUUGGAAAAUAGAUCAUGGAGCUUCCUAUAUACCAUCACGUGAUAUUAAAAUUAAGCAUUUUUUUGCUAUUGGUACCAAAGAUAUGGAUGUUACAUUAAAAAACAAAUUGGAUAAUGAAAACUCAAAAUAUCAUGAUUUAUUAUUUAUUGAAGAUUUAGUUGAUAGUUAUUCUAAUUUAACGAAAAAACUAUUAAAAAGUAUAGAAAUACUUUCAAAUACCCAAAAUUUUGAUUAUAUUCUUAAAGUAGAUGAUGAUACUUAUGUAAAAUUAGAUUAUCUAGCAAAUGAAUUAGUAUCAUAUGAUAGAAAAUUAUUACGAAUCGCAAAUGUUGAACAAGAUAAAUUAUUACCAGAAUUGUAUUGGGGUUAUUUCAAUGGAAAAGCAAAUAUUAAAACGAAAGGUAUAUGGAAAGAAACUCAUUAUAAUUUAUGUAAUCAUUAUAUACCAUAUGCUUUGGGUGGUGGUUACGUUAUUAGUAGAAAUAUAGCUUUAUAUAUAAAGAAUAACGGAAAAUAUUUUAAUACAUAUUUGAGUGAAGAUGUUUCAAUGGGUAUAUGGUUAGCUCCAUUAAAAAAUAUAUAUAGAAAACAUGAUAUACGAUUUGAUACAGCUUAUAUACCAAGACAAUAUAAAGAUUAUCAUUUAGUUUUACAUAAACGUUCACCAGCUCAAAUGAUAAUUUUAUAUAAAAAUGAUGAAAGUUUAAAAGAUAGUAAUUCUAUUAAAGGAUUAAAUAUUAUGCGUGAAUAUUUCUAUGAUUGGAAAAAACCUCCAACAAAUUGUUGUGAUCAGAGCUCGACUGUUUAAAAUAUUUAAAAAAUAAAAAUUUCUUUUAAAGACCAAUUUUUUAAAAUAUUUUAAAUGUGCAAAAAGAAUAUAAACAUAAUCAAUGUAGUAGUUAUCAUAAUUUUUUUUUAAAUUUUAAAAUAAAUUUUAAUUUAGG